UAAAUACCGGGUGCCUAGAGGAGAAGAGAUGGAGCCCCAGCCCUGGUCCCCUUUCCCACCCUUCCUCCCCCACAAGACUGUCUGAGAUGCCACCUUCCACCUAAACAUCAUCUCCCAAAUUUUAAUCCUUAACUUUGGUCUCUGACUUCUGCUUGAUUCCACAGUCUCCACCCACAUUUGCACGAAGGACCAUCACCUGUCCUUCCUGGAAUCUCUAAAGUUUUCUGCUUUCCUUCUGUCCUGAUGGCCAGCUCUGCUAAGUCAGCUGAGAUGACCAUCAUCUCCAAAACCCUUAACCCUACUCCUGAUCCUCAUCAAGAAUAUCUGGACCCUAGGAUUACCAUUGCCUUAUUCGAAAUUGGAUCACUUUCUCCUUCUUCCUGGGGCUCUCUCCCUUCCCUAAAGAAUAGCAGCCAUCAAGUUACAGAACAACAGACUGCACAGAAGUUUAACAAUCUCUUGAAAGAAAUUAAAGAUAUUCUUAAAAAUAUGGCAGGUUUUGAAGAGAAGAUCACAGAAGCAAAAGAACUUUUUGAGGAAACCAAUAUUCCUGAGGAUGUGUCAGCCCACAAAGAAAAUAUCAGAGGACUUGACAAAAUCAAUGAAAUGUUAUCAUCAAACCUGCCUGUUAGUUUAGCCCCAGAGAAAGAAGGCAAUGAAAAGAAACAGGAGAUGAUAAUGGAAAACCAGAACUCUGAGAACACAGUACAAGUUUUUGCAAGAGAUUUGGUAAAUCGUUUAGAAGAAAAAAAAGUCCUUAACGAAACUCAACAAAGUCAAGAAAAAGCAAAAAACAGACUUAAUGUUCAAGAAGAAACUAUGAAAAUUAGGAACAACAUGGAGCAGUUACUACAGGAAGCAGAACACUGGAGUAAGCAACAUAUUGAGCUCAGUAAACUGAUAAAAUCCUAUCAGAAAUCUCAGAAAGACAUAAGUGAAACUCUCGGAAAUAAUGGAGUCGAUUUCCAAACCCAGCCAAAUAAUGAAGUGUCAGCUAAGCAUGAGCUGGAGGAACAGGUGAAGAAACUGAGCCAUGACACCUAUUCAUUGCAGUUGAUGGCAGCUUUGCUAGAGAAUGAAUGCCAAAUCUUACAGCAGAGAGUAGAGAUUCUCAAGGAACUCCAUCAUCAGAAACAGGGAACUCUGCAAGAGAAGCCAAUUCAGAUAAACUAUAAACAGGACAAGAAAAAUCAGAAGCCAUCAGAAGCAAAGAAAGUAGAAAUGUAUAAGCAGAACAAGCAAGAAAUGAAGGGUACAUUUCAGAAAAAAGACAGAUCCUGUAGAAGCCUGGAUGUUUGUCUUAAUAAGAAAGCUUGCAAUACCCAGUUCAAUAUUCAUGUUGCAAGAAAAGCUCUUAGGGGAAAAAUGAGGUCAGCUAGCAGCCUAAGAUAGAAAAUACCAAAAGCAGACAAAAAGGUGAAUCUUUAAAAAACUACAUCUGUUA